AUACGUCUCGGUAGUCUUGUUUCAGAGUCGUUACAGAGAUAUGUUUUUGGUUCGAUCAAAAAGCUUCUUUGUUAUACUUCUGUUUCUUUUCCAUAUUAAAUUAAUAAACAAAAACGUUGCCCAUAGUUCAAUUUUAGUUCAAUAAAAUCUAGGGAUUAAGUGUUUAGCAUCAUUGCUGGAUAUUCGUUAAGUUUGUUUUUUAUAGUGAAAUUAAAUGUGGCUUGGUUAAUGGUUUUGUGUCUUCACAUUAUCUCUUUUUAUUGAGAAAAGAACUGUCACACGAAUGCAGAUUGAGUGUAAAAAGAUUUUUUUUUUAUUGUGUGACAAAAAUAAAUCGAUAAAUGUGUUUUACCAACAACAACAACAAUCACAUUACAAAGGUGAUCUACAAAAAUUAUAUUUAAAUUCAAUUAAACCUUGUCGGAUGACAAAUAAAAUGUUCUAAACGGAUUGUGAACGUAUUUUACUUGUGCUUUGAUUGUAUGUUUACGGUGAAUAGAAAAAUUAUGUUUUUAAUCAAAUCGUUGACAGAAGUUUUAUGGUGUACCAGCGUAGGCAAUAGUAAAAAUUAAAGAAAAACUUUAGAUUUGAAAUCAAUAGAAUUUGUUGUGUUUACGUUUAAAGUUCAAGUGUGUAAUAGUGUUAACUCGGUUAUGUUACGGUGUGAUUUAACAAUGAUACCAGCUUAAACCAGAAAGGAGUGAAGAAUAAUUUAUUUGGGGCAUCGAAACUGCUAUUUCGACCGUGGACGAUGGACAGUUCCGGUGAAAAUGAAGCUUCCAAAGAUCCAGGAAUAUGUCAGCCCUCGCACCAGGGAUACACUGAACAAGACUUUGAAGGACAUCGAGCUCACACAGUGUUCGUUGGUGUUCAUAUGCCAGGAGGUCGUCGACAUUCGCAUCGACGGCACAAACACCAUCACAGGGAUAGUGACAAGCCCACAGAUUUCGAUCGACCAAGAUCUGGCUCAAUUGUUGGACUGUCUCGUCGCCGAAUGAGUAUAACGACAGAUGAUGGAGCGACUAUCAUUACACCUCCAGCUCAAAGAGUUCAAUUUAUCCUCGGCGAAGAUGUCGAUGAUGGAACACAUGAAUCGCAUCCCCUUUUCUCCGAAAUGGAGGAACUGGUCAAGGAGGGCGACGAACUGGAGUGGAAAGAGACUGCCAGAUGGGUGAAAUUCGAAGAAGAUGUUGAAGAAGGCGGAAAUCGAUGGUCUAAGCCACACGUCGCAACCCUAUCGUUACAUUCACUGUUCGAACUGAGAAGUCUGUUAACGAAUGGAACGGUUAUGCUGGAUAUGAUUGCGACCAGUUUGGAGGAGGUGGCUGAUUUGGUUUGUGAUAAUAUGGUCAAUGCUGGCUCGUUGCCGACCGGUUCCAGGGAAAAGGUUCGCGAAGCGCUUUUGCGACGCCAUCGUCAUCAACAUGAGCAAGCCAAAAAGAAAGACAACAACAUGAGUCGAUUGCCAAUUAUUCGAUCGUUAGCUGAAAUAGGAAGAAAUCAUUCAACAUCAAAAAACAGUGCAUCACCGAAGCGACCCAAUUCAAAAUCGUCUUAUUCACUACGCGAUGCCCAUUCACCGGAAGAAGACAUCGUUCCGGCAUCACAAAGUGGUGGUUUAUUAUCUAGAUUCAAUAAAGACCAAAGGGGAUCGUAUCUUGCGGUUCCAACAGGUGAUGACAUGGUAAAAAGUCCAAGCAAUUUGUCAAUGCAACGCAACACAAGUGCCAGUGAUUUACAUCAUGCUAAUGGUAGCAAUGGAAACGACUUACAUAAGGGCAACACACAUUUUAUGAAAAAAAUUCCGCAUGGAGCAGAAGCUAGCAACAUACUUGUCGGUGAAGUGGACUUUUUAGAUAAGACAUUGUCUGCAUUCAUCAGAUUGAAUGAAGCUGCGAUGAUGGGCGAUUUGACAGAGGUUCCAGUACCGACGAGAUUUCUCUUCAUCUUAUUGGGUCCACCCGGAAGUCAUGGGAGUUUCCACGAAAUUGGUCGAGCUAUGGCGACCCUUAUGUCCGAUGAAAUAUUUCAUGAAGUCGCAUAUCGUGCCCGCAAACGUGAUCAUCUAUUAGCUGGCAUCGACGAAUUUCUCGAUGCAGUUACGGUUCUACCACCGGGCGAAUGGGAUCCAACGAUCCGCAUCGAACCACCGGCAGCAAUACCAUCGCAAGAAGAUCGGAAACGUCCGCCGGAAAAACCGAAAAAGGAAGAAGUAAGCGAAGAGCAGGAGGAACAACGACUACGUGAUGAAUCUGGUCUGUCCAGAAGUGGACGAUUUUUCGGCGGUUUAAUCAAUGAUUUGAAGCGAAAGAAACCAUGGUAUCUGUCUGACUUUAAAGACGCAUUAUCAUCGCAAUGUGUUGCAUCGUGGAUAUUUUUAUACUUUGCCUGUUUGUCUCCGAUUAUUACAUUCGGUGGACUAUUGGGUGAGGCAACGGGCAAGAAUAUGGCUGCUAUGGAGUCUUUGGUUGCUGGCUUUGUGUGUGGAAUUGGUUAUGGAUUUUUUUCGGGACAACCAUUAACAAUUCUGGGUUCAACCGGACCGGUAUUGGUUUUCGAAACAAUCGUUUACGACUUUUGUACUGCAUACGAGUUGGAUUACAUGUCAUUCAGGUUUUGGAUUGGCACAUGGAUUGUUAUUAUAUUGGUAGUUUUGGUAGCCGUCGAUGCCAGUGCACUUGUUUGUUAUAUUACACGGUUUACUGAAGAAAAUUUUGCAACUCUUAUUGCAUUUAUCUUUAUAUUUAAGGCGAUCGAAAAUGUCUUGUCAAUUCGAAAGCGGUUCCCAGUCAACCCUCCAGAGUUUUACGAUUGCAGGUGUGGAUCACCUGAUAAUAGUACGGAAUCACUGCCAUGGGCUACAUACGACAAGAAACAUUGCAUAAAAUUUGGUGGUACGUUGUUUGGUGCCGACUGUGGUUUACCCGAGUACGAACCGAAUGUUUUUCUUAUGUCAGUUAUAUUGUUCUUGGGAACGUUUAUAACAUCUGUGAUUUUGAAAGACUUUAAGAAUGCACUGUUUUUCCCAUCAAAGGUACGCCAAUUCAUAAGCGACUUUGCUGUUAUUAUCGCUAUUUUCUCCAUGUCAAUUCUUGAUUACACAUGUAAUAUAUCGACACCAAAGCUGGAAGUUCCAUCCGAAUUUAAGCCAACAUUAUCAAAACGUGGAUGGAUUAUCUCUCCAUUUGUAAAUCCAAUGUGGUCGUGGAUCGUAGCUAUUGCGCCAGCUUUACUCGGCACAAUACUCAUAUUCAUGGACCAACAAAUAACGGCUGUGAUUGUAAAUAGAAAAGAAAAUAAAUUGAAGAAAGGUUGUGGCUAUCAUCUGGAUCUAUUUGUCUUGGCUAUUUUGAUUCAGAUUUGCACCGUCAUGGGACUUCCAUGGUUUGUCGCAGCCACAGUAUUGAGCAUAAACCACGUAAAUUCAUUGAAGCUGGAAUCAGAAUGUGCUGCACCCGGCGAAAAACCACAAUUUCUCGGUGUACGAGAGCAACGUGUUACGCAUAUUUUUAUAUUUUUGAUGAUCGGAUGUUCGGUUUUGUUAACUCCAUUGCUCAGUCACAUUCCAAUGCCAGUAUUAUUCGGAGUAUUUUUGUACAUGGGCGUGGCGUCCUUAAAAGGAUUGCAAUUUUUCGAUCGGAUUCUCAUCAUCUUUAUGCCAGUCAAAUAUCAGCCGGACUUUAUGUUUUUGAGACAGGUGCCAAUCAAACGUGUCCAUUUGUUCACUCUGAUCCAAUUUGUUUGCUUGGUGGUACUGUGGCUAAUCAAAUCGUUUUCGCAAACAUCAAUCCUGUUCCCGUUGAUGUUGGUGUUUAUGGUGGGCAUUCGCAAAUCGUUGGAUUUCGUCUUUACCCGCAGAGAAUUGAAAAUAUUGGACGACAUAAUGCCGGAAAUAACUAGACGUGCGGCUGCCGAAGAUCUUCAUCAUUUGGACGAUGUAGAGGAUCCUCCACCCGAAUACCCUGGCAACAAUGCACCGUCCAAUAUCAUCACAAAUGGGAAAUUGGCCAGCCAAAAUGCCAUAAAUAUAACGGAAGAAUUCAAUAAAACGAACAUCUGGAAGCAAGUGAACGAUGGAAAAAGUAAACGAAACGAUGCAAACUCGGAAAAUCGAAAAUACUCAAAGAAUCAGUCAACUGAAAAGAAAUCCAAAUCAAACAAUCGAAGAGACCUGAGCCCAAAUGGUGAGCAACGACUAUCAACAAUGAAGGAGGAAGAAGAAUGCCAAGAUAUCAAUCGAAGCGAAUUAUCCAAAUCCGCACAAAAUUUGUCCCAGAGUAAGGCGUACAACAAUAUCAAGGAUUGGUGUAAAAGCAAAGUGAUUUCUAAAGAUGUGGCCAUUUCAUCGGAAACGUCGGUGUGAAAAAAUGAAUUUUAGAAAGUAGAAUAGUAAAUUUAUACACUGUUAAAUCAGCGGCCAUUGAUCAGCUCAAUUAAAAUAAUUUUGUAUUGAGUUUUUAUGAAUGCAAAGAAAUGAAUUAGAAGAAAAAGGAAAUAUUUGUUCUGUCUAAACUUUAAUUUUAAUUUGAAAAUAGAACUUAGCUAAAUAUUUAUGGAAAUAUCUGAAUUUAAUGGAACAAAAUACUCUUAUUCUAAAAGUUAAUCUACGCAUAAUAUUUAUGGUCUUAAUUUAGAAAUUUGAAAAGCAUUUCUAAUGAUAAUUUCAAAUGCGCUAUCUCUUGCCCUCACCCCAAAGCACAUCGUGUUUUGGAUAGGAAAUGAAACAUUUUAAUUUUUAAUCAAUUUUUUUAAUUUUAAUUAUAGAAUGUUAUGAAUUGUAAAAAAAUAUUAUUAUUAUAGUCUUGUA